ACAGAGAGAGUACUGCCAACUCCCAGAUUACCUUGGGAGCAACAAUAUUUAAUUGAGUAUGCGAGGACGUAGGAAUGUAUUGCAGUAUUGAUAUCAAUGAUAAAGCUGGGUAGAACCAGACAUCUUGCCGAGGCUGGCGAAUCAAAUCAUUAGCGCACCACUGUGUGUUUGGUGUUUGACAACUUGCAAGACGGGAAAGAGAAAGAAUACGUCAGAAGGCAAAAGAUCCCACUAGAUAAAAUUCUAGAGCCUACCAGAACUUUAAUCUAUCUAAGGAGCUGGCCCAGUAAUUCGUACUCAGUAACUCGGACUCGACUUCGAUCAUUCACAGUUUCCAUCAUUUUUACUCCCCAUUCUGCCUUCCAAUUUCAACCUUCUUACCUAUAUACCGAACAUCUCCGCCCGCUCAUCCUCCCCCGCCACACCCCACUACCAUCAAGAUGUCUACCGCGGUAAUAAACACAGACGAUGAUCAACUCGAGCCUACUCUUCAAUCUAUCCUCGAUCAAAAAUCUCUUCGCUGGAUCUUUGUUGGUGGAAAAGGAGGAGUAGGAAAAACCACCACAUCGUGUUCUUUAGCCAUUCAACUCGCCAAAGUUCGUCGUUCAGUCCUACUCAUCUCGACAGAUCCAGCACAUAACUUGAGUGAUGCUUUUUCACAAAAGUUUGGAAAGGAAGCUAGGCUUAUCAAUGGAUUUGAAAAUUUGAGUGCUAUGGAAAUUGAUCCGAAUGGAAGUAUUCAAGAACUUAUGGGACAGGCCGAGGAGGGUGAGGGACCAGCGGCGGGGAUGGGUGGAAUGAUGCAGGAUUUGGCUUUUGCUGUUUGUCCUCCUUGCUCUUAUUAUACAUAAUUGGGAAGACUUAUUUACUAAUGUCUUUCAUAGAUUCCUGGUAUCGAUGAAGCUAUGUCCUUCGCAGAAGUCCUCAAACAAGUUAAAUCUCUCUCUUACGAGACUAUCAUUUUCGAUACCGCUCCUACAGGCCACACCCUCCGCUUCCUUCAAUUCCCUACCGUUCUCGAGAAAGCUCUCGCAAAAGUCUCGCAAUUAUCCACACAAUUCGGACCUAUGUUGAAUGGACUACUUGGAGCCAAUGGUUCUCUACCAAAUGGACAAAACCUCGGUGAGAUGAUGGAGAAAUUAGAAGGCCUCCGUGAAACCAUUUCCGAAGUAAAUGGCCAAUUCAAAGACGAAAAUCUCACUACCUUCGUUUGUGUCUGUAUACCGGAAUUUCUCUCCCUCUACGAAACAGAGCGUAUGAUACAAGAAUUAUCAUCUUAUCAAAUCGAUACUCAUUGUAUAGUGGUCAACCAAUUGCUUUUCCCCAAGAAAGGAAGUGAUUGUGAUCAAUGCAAUGCGAGAAGGAAGAUGCAGAAGAAAUAUUUGGAACAGAUUGAGGAGUUAUACGACGAAUUUAAUGUGGUGAAGAUGCCCUUGUUAGUCGAGGAGGUAAGAGGAAAGGAGAGGUUGGAGAAAUUUAGUGAGAUGCUUAUUACACCAUAUGUUCCGCCUGUUGGAGGAUUGUAGAUUUUUAGAGAAAGAUAUACAAAGAAUUGAUAUUUGAUACCCAUGU